AUGUCUGGAGCAGCAAACCAGCGUCUUCAGGCCCUCAGCAAGCAGCUUGUUGAGGGCAUUCCCUCCGAGGGCACCUUCGAGGAUAUCCCUCAGAUCCGCCAUAUUGCCUCUGAUUCCGCAGGACCCCGGGUAAAGGACAAGGUGGUUAUCGUGACUGGUGCCAACUCACCGAAUGGAAUUGGUCGUGCCAGUGCGCACCAAUAUGCCAAUAAUGGCGCAAAAGCAGUCUACAUCUGCGACUUCGCUGACAACCAUCUGGAGACACACAAGCGAGAGAUGAAGUCCCUCUACCCCAACGUGGAUGUCCACGUCCGAUCAUUCGACGCAGCCGAUGAAAAGGCCCUGACCGCUGUCAUUGAUGAGGCAAUAAGCCAAUACGGCCGACUAGAUAUCUUUUUCGCCAAUGCAGGCAUCUCAGGCCAAAAUAAGAUUUUUACCGAAGUUGCGGGCGAUGAUUUCUUAGAGACGAUGCGAGUAAAUGCUCUCGGCGUCUUUCUGGCCGCUAAGCACGCGGCUCCGGCUAUGAAAAUCACAUCUGCAUCGAAGCCGUACCCAGGCGGCUCAAUUAUUGGCACCGCUUCGGUAGCAGGAAUCCGGUCCAACGCCGGGUCAACGGAUUACUCAGCCUCAAAGGCAGCGGUUGUCUCCAUUGCGCAGACCGUCUCGUACCAGCUUGCUGGAACAGGCAUUCGGAUCAACGCGAUUUGCCCCGGUCUUAUCGAAACAGGCAUGACGCAGAGUGUGUUCGACCGAGCGCGAGAGCGCGGCACGGAGCGCAAGGUCGGGCAGUUGAACCCAUUGCAGCGGGGUGCUGUUGCUGAUGAGGUCGCGCGUGUUGCGCUGUUCCUUGGUAGUGAUGAGAGUAGCUAUGUUAAUGGACAGGCUUGGGCUGUCUGUGGUGGACUGAGUGCUGGACAUCCAUUUGUUCCUGGGAAGCUUGCUUGA